GAAACAUAGCCGCUGAACAUAGUUUCUCGGAAUCAGCUAAAAGUCCACUGAAAAAGUCUCAGUCAAUAACUGCCAUGUUACUGAGAAUAUAUUUCAUCCCUUAACAUUUCAUUUCACUUCACUUCAAAUAAUUAUUUUUCAUAAAUAAAAUAUAAAAGAUUGGGCUGUAUGGUAUGAUACUUUUGUCUUACCAGUUAGAAAAAUAGAACUACAGCUAAUGUUAGAAAAGACUGUCAACUUUCAAAUCUUGUCAACAAAUUCAUAACCUCAAUCUUUUCCUUAAUUCACUUUCAUAAAAACAAUAUAUUUUGGUAAUUUAUGUACUAGCUGAAUACAAAAACUUGUUAAAAAUGUGCUUACUACAAAUGGCAAAAUCUACUGUGACGUACUAAAAUGGUCAAAAUAUCAUGUCACUUAACAAAAAAUCAUAUUGAAUUAAACAACACAAAAACCAAAUAAUUUAGUAUUCUUUUCUGAUCAAUAAUUAUUAUCAUUUUGCCCAACGAAAUGCUAAGCCGCAGAAUUUUCAAUUUUAUCAGAUACAUCACCCGAACCCAUGUAACGCUCGCAGGACGUGGUACGAGAAACUUUAGAAUUCCAAUUGCAUUAGGAAUAUUUAGUGCUGCAAAAUGCGACAACAUUUUUGACGGUUUAUCGAGUGCCGAUACGUUAGAACACGAGUUUUUGAUUAAGCAGGCGACAACAGUGAAUGUUAAUGCGGCCACACAGUUGCUGACCGUAACUCUAGUAGCUAUACAAGAUACAAGUGAACGAUUACGUGAUGCACUAUCAAAAGAAAUAUGCUUAGUACAACAAGCACUUGAAUGGGGGGAAGAAGGAACACCUCCUCAUCAUUGGGAUCAACUUGUUGCAAUUCGAGGAUCUUUGAGUGACCUUAAGCACAAUCUUCGUACUUUGAUAAGUUAUAUGGAUUAUGCUGAAAAGCUGGCCACAGUUGCAGCAGAAAUAUCAUAUUUAUCUGGCAAUGUUAUUGCUUCAGAUGCUAUUUGUGAAAGGAUAGAGCAUGCUAACAGGACAUGCAACAUUCAGAAACAGUUGAACCAUGAUCUUCAGCAAGAAAGUCUUGAACUUCAACAAAGAGCUAUCAUCACAUCUCCACAGCUCGAAGAGAAACUGAAACAAGAUUCAGCAAAGGAUAAGUCUAAUGCAAAGACUUGAGGAUUAUUAUUUAUCUAAAAUUUGGUCACGAAAAUGUAAAUAGAUUAGAAACAGAAGACAAUUCGAUAAACA